GCGAGGGGAGCAGGAGCGCGGGGGCCGGGUGGAAUCGAGGCGUGAGGCAGGAGGGAAGGGGCGGGGGAGAGGGACCGGGGAAGGCGUCUGGGGGGAUCUCGCGAGGGUUGGAGUUUUGGCGAGAGUUUGUGGAAGAUGGCGCCUGUUGUGACAGGUCAUUGAAAUUAUGAGACUAUCAUUCAAAUGGAAGCAUUAUAGUUCUUCGGAACCAUUAUGAUCUCAAAAGGAAAAGAGAAUGAUACAGAUACACUGGCUGAGGUGUUUUGAGGUGCAUCGAAGUGUCCCAAGCUGUGCCUUACCUUAACAUGUUCUUGAAGUACCAUGGCGUGGAUUAAAAGAAAAUUUGGUGAGCGGCCUCCACCUAAACGACUCACUAGUAGCUUUUAGGACUUCUAAUUCUGGCCAAGAUGGAGUAACAGGGACUGGAAUUACUCUCCAGCCUGAAACAACUAAAAACCCGGACAAAAUUUAUGAAACAGCGGUUUUCAAGAUAUUGGACAACAGGCAAGAAAGGACAGGUGAUCCCUGAGAGACAGGAGGCAAAUGAGGGAAGCAAUGCGGAAUUAUUUAAAAGAGCGAGGGGAUCAAACAGUACUUAUUCUUCACGCAAAAGUUGCACAGAAGUCAUAUGGAAAUGAAAAAAGGUUUUUUUGCCCACCUCCUUGUGUGUAUCUUAUGGGCAGCGGAUGGAAGAAAAAAAAAGAACAAAUGGAGCGGGAUGGUUGUUCUGAACAAGAAUCUCAACCAUGUGCAUUUAUUGGAAUAGGAAAUAGUGACCAAGAAAUGCAGCAGCUGAACUUGGAAGGAAAGAACUAUUGCACAGCCAAAACAUUGUACAUAUCUGAUUCGGACAAGAGAAAGCAUUUCAUGUUGUCUGUAAAGAUGUUCUAUGGCAACAGUGAUGACAUUGGUGUGUUCCUCAGCAAGCGGAUAAAAGUCAUCUCCAAACCGUCCAAAAAGAAGCAGUCAUUGAAAAAUGCUGACUUAUGCAUUGCCUCAGGAACCAAGGUGGCUCUGUUUAAUCGACUUCGAUCCCAGACCGUUAGUACCAGAUACUUGCAUGUAGAAGGAGGUAAUUUCCAUGCCAGUUCUCAGCAGUGGGGAGCAUUUUACAUUCAUCUCUUGGAUGAUGAUGAGUCUGAAGGAGAAGAGUUCACAGUUCGGGAUGGCUACAUCCAUUAUGGACAAACAGUCAAACUUGUGUGUUCCGUUACUGGCAUGGCACUCCCGAGAUUGAUAAUCAGAAAAGUUGACAAGCAGACUGCAUUACUGGACGCAGAUGACCCUGUGUCACAGCUCCACAAAUGUGCAUUUUACCUUAAGGAUACAGAAAGAAUGUACUUGUGCCUUUCUCAAGAAAGAAUAAUCCAGUUUCAGGCCACUCCAUGCCCAAAAGAACCAAAUAAAGAGAUGAUAAAUGAUGGAGCUUCCUGGACAAUCAUUAGUACGGAUAAGGCAGAGUAUACCUUUUACGAGGGAAUGGGCCCUGUCCUCGCCCCUGUCACACCCGUGCCUGUCGUAGAGAGUCUUCAGCUGAAUGGUGGCGGGGACGUCGCAAUGCUUGAACUCACAGGACAGAAUUUCACUCCAAAUUUACGAGUGUGGUUUGGGGAUGUAGAAGCAGAAACGAUGUACAGGUGUGGAGAGAGUAUGCUCUGUGUUGUCCCAGACAUUUCUGCAUUCCGAGAAGGUUGGAGAUGGGUCCGGCAGCCAGUCCAGGUUCCAGUAACUUUGGUCCGAAAUGAUGGAAUCAUUUAUUCCACCAGCCUUACCUUUACCUACACACCAGAACCAGGGCCUCGGCCACACUGCAGUGCAGCGGGAGCAAUCCUUCGAGCCAAUUCAAGCCAAGUGCCCCCUAGUGAAUCAAACACAAACAGCGAGGGCAGUUACACAAACGUCAGCACAAAUUCAACCAACGUCACAUCAUCUACAGCAACAGUGGUGUCCUAACUACCGUCUUGUUGCUAGGACUUAAACUGACUCCAGUGCGGCAAAAUGUUGA